UGUUCUUGCUCUAUUUUGUAAUGAUUUUUCAGCGAUCAUUUGAGUUGUAGUGGAGGGGAUCGAGGGAUUGAGGGAUCGAGGGAUCGAGUGAUCGAGUGAUCGACUCUCUCUCUCUCUCUCUCUCUAUCUCUGCAUGUUCAUUGUUCAAUUCGUUUGUGUGAGUUUGAGUCUGAGGGUUCAUUUAUUGUUUUUGCCUCCAUUUUUGGACUUUCUGAUCGAUUUAGGACUGUUAGAUCGCUCUCAUUUGGAUGAUUUUCAGUGUUUGCAUGUUUAAUUUGGUACCGAACUUUGACCAUUUUUUAAACAGACAUCGGAUUUUUCAUCUGAGUGAAGAGACUAAUGGACUUUCUAGAAACUUCUCUCCCUAUUGAUUCUCAGAUUUCUUUCUAUUUUCAUUUUUCAUGCCUGCUCGUUAUCAGAUUGUGCAUUUUCCCUCGCAAUGAUUUAGAGCCUGUUUCUAAUCAAUUGCUGAUACUUUCAACCUAUUUUCAAACCAAACCGUUCGUGUUUUAUUUCUUGUUGGUGAUUAAUUUCUUUCAUCAUCAUACUGUCUGUUCCUCGUUGGAGUUUAGUUAACUUUCAUGAAAGAAAUCAGUCCUUCGUAUUCUUCUCCAUUGAAGCAUCUCAGCUGUGUUUACAGGAAACAAGCUUGACCAUUGCCAGAGACAAAAAUUUGCAGUGUUUAAAGAUAAAAGGCUGAGGAAGAGGAGCAGAUUGCUUCACAGAGAGAACAGUUUCCACUUUAGAUCAGCUAUAACAAUGGCUGACUCUGGUUCUGAGUUGUGUCCAGUUCAGUAUGCUGUGUUGGGGCACAAAUCCAAAAGCAGCUCCUUUUUCAGUGCCCCUGGUCUGUUUGUUGGCUUAAAUUUCAAAGUUCCUUCAGAUUCUGAUUCAGUCAAGAGUCCCACCUCUCCUCUAGAGCUUAGGGUGUUUUCAAAUCUAAGCAACUCUGUGGGAUCCCCUAAAUCAUCCCAUGAUGGGCAUAGAAGGAGUUGGGAUUGUAGUAAAGUAGGAUUAGGGAUUGUUGAUUCUCUUGAUGAUGAUAAUAAGUUAUCUGGUAAAGAUAUUGGAUCAUCAGAGAGUAAGAACAUCAUUUUUGGACCUCAAGUUAGAACAAAGAGUCCGACCCCGAAUCUUCAAAUUGACACAGUUUUUCCUCAGGCAGGUCCUAGAUCUUUACCUAAAACUUGUCCGAUCUUCCCCCAAGUGCAGUUCAAAUCACCAUGCAGUGGGAGCUCGGAGGUUUUCUUUGAGAUUGGAGAACCAUUGGAAUCCAAGCCUUUAAAGAAAAUCGGGGCAUGUUCACUGGACUCGCCCCGGUUUAUUUCAGCAUCAUAUGGUGUAAAAGGGUGUAGUUUACUCCAUUCUACAAAUCCAUUUGUGAAGAAAGUGACAACCAAUGGUGAUUUGGAGCCUCGGGACAAAAUUUUGCCUGCAGAUAGUUCAAUCCCAGCAUCUGUAGCACCGCCUGUUCCUGAGAUCGUGGGGUCUCUUUCUGCAAGCGAAAUCGAACUCUCCGAGGAUUAUACUUGUGUAAUAUCCCAUGGUGCCAAUCCAAAAACCACCCACAUUUUUGGUGACUGUAUUUUAGAAUGUCACUCUAGUGAUUUAAUGAGCAACUUGAACAAGAAUGAGGUGAAUGAAAUAGAAAUAGGAUCUCCUCUGUCAGUUAGAAGCAGCUUGGACAUCCCUUUCUCACAUCAACCAAGUGAUUUUCUGAGUUUUUGUUACUUUUGUAACAAGAAACUUGAAAAUGGGAAAGACAUUUACAUCUACAGGGGGGAGAAGGCGUUUUGCAGCUCUGAUUGCCGCUAUCGGGAGAUCAUGAUCGAAGAAGAACUAGAGAAAUCUGUCUGUGAAAAUCUUACACAUUCUUCAACACCCCGAGAUGGCAAAGUAGAGUUCGAAACUUGGCGCCAUUGCCGCUGAAUAAAGAGGUUGGACUCCUCCACAGCCAUGGGCGAAAUUGCRGAAGCAAAUGCUGCGCGGUCGUCUGUUAACAGAAGAGCUGUUCUUUGGGCAGCCAUGGAUGAUCCUCUGUACAUUGAUGAUGCAUUUGUUUGAUUUGCAUUUCACUAUCAGGGUCUGAGUGGAGAUGAACUUACCAGACUUGUCUGUUUUUUUUUUCUUUUUCCUUUUGAAGUUCCCAUAAAAUUUGGCAGUUUUUAAUGUCAAAGUUUAGAUAAUAUGCAUUGUAGAAGAGAUGAUCAUGUGGAAAAGGGUAGAAGCCUGCUUCUAUGGCUCCCCAUCUUCUAAUUUUGCUGGCUUGUAUCUUUUUAAUGGCCAGAUAUUAUAUACUGGAAAGACUGAACCAAGAUGAUUUAACAAUCUUUGAGGGGCAAAUUGGAAUAUGAUUCAUUUUGGAGGAUGAAAAGUACCUUUUUAUCCCYGAGUUCA